AUGCAAGAAAAGGAACGGCAAAGAAAUAACGAAAGCAAUUCCAAUUCAUCAACUCUUGAAAAGAGAAAAUCGGCCAAAUCUCUUUCUCGUGCCUCAGUAUCUUCCUUGUCGACCUCAUCGAUGGAUGCGUCAAGCACCUCUCAUUUAGUGCCAGCAAUCAAUUUAACAACUGUCCUAUCGGUAACGAGCACUCCGAGUGAUUCAAUUCCAACCAUGACCCCUCGAUCUUCCAUGAUUUACAACACUAUGCAAGGAGGAGACGAUACAUUAACCGAUGAUACCUACGACACCGAAGAUAUGGUUGUCGAUUUAACAAGCGAUGACGAUGCCGUGUCAACUUCCUUCGAAGAAAUUACCAAAUUUGGAAAAGGUGUGAAAAUUUUGAAACUCAUCCAAAGGUAUCGAGUUAUUGAAAUCAUCUUUUGCACGUUUUGGAUCAUACUUUGGUUUAUUCUGGUAUCAAUUGCAAUUUUUGGAGUGGCUACAGAUACCAUAGGAGUUAUUUUCCCAAAAUGGAGUUUAAUUCGAGGAUAUUGUUCAGGUAAUGCCUAUGCAAAUGUCAUCUCCUUUGCAAUCAUAUUCUUUUCAGUGACGUUUGUCAUUGCAAUGAUUUCAUGGUUUUUCGAUUUGGGUGUUUCCUUAUUCAAGUAUUUCAAAAGAAGAAAAGCAGACCAAAACAACUCGUUGAAAACUCCCAACUUUUUGUUUUAUCACUUUAUAGAGACAGACCCAUUCGUAUACAGAACAGAAUUUCUCAUGAAUAUGACUUUUACUGUCAUUGGCGUUGUAGUUUCAUUGAUCUUUUGGAACUCUCUUACAUUUACAGCAUCUCUUAUUGUGGAUCUUUGUUUUACUUUAUUUGUACAAUGUUUUGGAGGUAAUUUGGCAAAUCCAGGUGCCACAGUGUUGCGUGCCUUGUAUAAUUAUGUGAAAACAAAUUCGACCAAGAGAAAACAAAAGGAUCAUGAAGGUCAACAAGAAUCUUCGAAACCAACAGCGAUUAAGAAUUUGAAAGAAUUAGUGAAUGCCCCUUCCUCAUCGGACUGUUUGAAUUAUAUCAUUGCUCAUCCAAAGGAAAGAGAAUUGUUUUAUAGUCAUCUCAAAGAGGAAUUUUCUUCUGAAAAUUUAUUGUUCACAGAGGCAUUGAUGAGCUUGAAAAAGAUUAGUGACAGGUUCAUGAGAAGAAAAAUGCUGAAAUUGAAAGAAAUUGUGAAAUUGUACUUGUCCGAAGCAGAGUCUGUGUUUGAAGUGAAUCUUCCAAGUGUGCUUGUGAGAAAUCAAUUGAAACCAUAUUUUACAAUGAGCAAAUUUAUGGAUGAACAGAACAUGUCGGCCAAUGAUUUGCCGAAAACGGUAAAGGACGUGGCCACUCAAAUGUUUCCCAAUGUAUCGCAAGAAGUGGAAACAAAGGUGAGAGAUGCUUAUUCUGAGAUUUGUCACCCACAAUUCUUGAGUGGUGUCCAAACAGAGGUUUACAAGAACUUGUUGGACUCUUAUUUCCGAUUCAUAGGCUCCAGAAAAUGGUUGAAUUAUGUGAAGGAAUUUGAUGUGUAA